UUCCAUCACUCCAACUCCCCUCUGUCUCUUUUCCCACCUUUUUCACUUCAUUUUCUCUCUCCUCAAGAACACCGUUACUUUGUUCUCUGCUAUACAAUUUUCCGGCCAAAACUCCAUUUCCCGGCCGAAAAUUCAGAAAAUAAACUUUCAUCUUCCACCCUUUUAGCUAAACUUUCAAUCUUUAACUUCUACAUAUUUUUUUUAACAAUUUCUGGGUGUUUCUAGUAACCUCCAUUUCCCCCCCUUUUUACUAGGGUUUUGAACUUCAUUUCUUAACCUUUUUUUCUUCAUUUAGUAUCUUGCAUUUACCUCUUUUAUGAAAUUUUUGGUAACUUCAACUUUUCUGUUGUUUUUAUUGCCGUUCCACUUACAUUUUAGCUCAGAACAAGCAAAAAGGUGGGUCUGUUCUCUUGGAAAAUUUGAUUUUACAAAGUGGGUUUUGUUUAUCUGACUAAAAUAUGAAAUGCCUUUCUAAAGUUGUUUAAUUAUUUUUAAAAAUGUUGAAGCUUAAUAUUCUUGUAACUUUGUUAAUUCUGGGAAUAUUUCCUAGUUGUAAUAGUUCAUCUUCUACAAAUCCAUCACUAAAUGAUGAUGUUUUGGGAUUAAUUGUAUUUAAAGCUGAUAUUAAAGACCCAAAUGGGAAAUUAUCUUCUUGGAAUGAAGAUGAUGAUACUCCUUGUAAUUGGUUUGGUAUACUAUGUAACCCUAGAUCCAAUAGUGUUUCUGAGCUUAAUCUUGAUGGUUUAUCUCUCACUGGAAAGCUUGGUAGAGGCCUUCUUCAGCUUCAAUCUCUUCGAAAACUUUCGCUUUCGAAAAACAAUUUUACUGGAAGCAUAAGUCCAGCAUUGGUGAGAUUAUCUAACUUAAGAACACUUGAUUUGAGUGAUAAUAGCUUUUCUGGUGAAUUGCCUUCUGAUUUUUUUAGACAAUGUGGCCCUUUGAGAACUAUCAAUCUAGCUAAUAACAAGUUUUCAGGACAGAUCCCUCAUAGUUUAAGUUCAUGUGUUGGACUUUCUGUUCUUAAUUUGUCGGAUAAUCAGUUUUCUGGGUCUUUACCUUCUGCGAUUUGGGGUUUACAUGCAUUGAGGUCACUUGAUCUGUCUUUUAAUCAAUUAACUGGUGAAAUUCCCUUGGGAAUCGAUGGUUUAUACAAUCUCAGAACUAUUAAUUUGAGUCGAAACCGGCUUACUGGGCCAAUUCCUAAUGAUAUUGGAGGGUGUUCUUUGUUGAAAUCUAUUGAUUUUAGCAGGAAUUUACUUUCUGGGAACUUGCCAAUUACAUUGCUGAAUUUGAGUUUUGUUGGUAAUUUCAACAUGGGUGAGAAUUCAUUUGAGGGUCAGAUUCCUGAAUGGAUUGGAGGAAUGAGAGGGCUUGAGAAUUUGGAUCUCUCAGCUAAUAACUUUACUGGUGUUCUGCCAACUUCUAUGGGGAAACUUAGGUCUUUGAAAGUGUUAAACAUGUCUAUGAAUUCUUUGAGUGGAAGCAUACCAGAAUCAAUGGCUGACUGUGCAACUCUUCAAGUCAUAGAUUUUAGGCAAAAUAUGUUGAGUGGUGAUCUACCUCAGUGGAUUUUUAAGGUGGCUUUGCAAGAAAUUCUGCUCUCUGAAAACAAAAUAGGUGGUGCCUUGGACGAUUCUCUCGCCUGGGCUGAGGAAGUCUCAUAUCAGAGCCUUCAAGCACUGGAUUUGUCCCAUAAUGUAUUAACUGGAACAAUUCCAUCUACACUAGGUGCUUUCACCAACUUACAAUACUUGAAUUUGUCGACGAACGCCUUGAUAGGCGCAAUUCCUAGAAAUGUUGGUGAACUUAAAGCAUUGAAUGUUCUUGAUUUGAGCAGAAAUCAGCUGAAUGGUACCAUACCUUCUGAAAUCGGAAAAGUUUCUUCUCUUCAGGAGUUGGUUCUGGAAAAGAAUUUGAUUGCAGGGAACAUACCUAUUUCCAUUGGGAAUUGCUCGUCACUCUCCGUUCUGAUGUUAUCGCAUAACAGUCUUAAGGGACCUAUACCUGUAGCUGUAGCUAAGCUUGCUGACUUGCAAAUUGUGGAUCUUUCUUUCAAUGAGCUCAGUGGAGCUAUGCCAAAGCAACUAGAAAAUCUUCAGCAUCUCCUAUCCUUCAAUAUUUCACAUAAUAAUCUCCAAGGUGAACUUCCUGGUGGUUUCUUUAACACCAUAUCCCCGUCCUCUGUCUUAAACAAUCCCUCUCUUUGUGGCUCUGCUACGAAAAGAUCUUGUGCCACCGUCCUGCCCAAACCCAUUGUUUUAAAUCCCGACUCCACUGGUGAUCCUUCCUCUAGUUCUUCACUACCUCCUACUUUCACUCACAAGAAAAACCUCCUGAGCAUCUCUUCUCUCAUAGCAAUUGGAGCUGCUGCAGUGAUUGUAAUCGGUGUGAUUGCCAUUACAGUGCUCAACCUUCGUGUCAGAGCUUCGACAUCACGCUCUGCUGCUGCCCUUGCAUUUUCUAAUGGUGAUGUUUAUAGUAAUUCAUCUUCUACGGAUGCCAAUUCUGGAAAGCUAGUCAUUUUCUCUGGAGAACCUGAAUUCAGCACAGGAACCCAUGCUCUUCUCAACAAGGACUGCGAGCUAGGCCGUGGUGGAUUUGGGGCUGUCUACCGGACUGUUCUUCAAAAUGGCCGCCCUGUUGCUAUAAAGAAACUUACUGUUUCAAGUCUUGUCAAGUCACAAGACGACUUUGAAAGAGAAGUGAAGAAGUUGGGGAAAAUCAGACACGAUAAUCUUGUUACGCUUGAAGGGUAUUAUUGGACUCCAUCCCUUCAACUUCUAAUCUAUGAAUUUGUUUCUGGCGGAAGUUUACAUAAACAUCUUCAUGAAGGAGGCGAUGGAAACUUUCUUACGUGGAACGAGCGUUUCAAUAUAAUUGUCGGGAUAGCCAAAGGAUUGUCUCACUUACAUCAAUUGAAUGUGAUCCACUAUAAUCUCAAAUCAAGCAACAUUCUCAUAGACGGCUUGGGUGAGGCAAAAGUGGGGGAUUUCGGGUUAGCAAGACUAUUACCAAUGCUAGAUCGCUACAUAUUAAGUAGUAAAAUUCAGAGUGCACUUGGGUACAUGGCACCUGAGUUUGCAUGCCGAACAGUAAAAAUAACGGAGAAAUGUGAUGUUUAUGGAUUUGGAGUUUUGGUGCUGGAAGUGUUAACAGGAAAAAGACCCGUCGAGUACAUGGAGGAUGAUGUGGUUGUUCUGUGUGACAUGGUAAGAAGUGCGCUCGAAGAAGGGAAAGUGGAAGAAUGUGUUGACGAGCGAUUAAAGGGUGAAUUCCCAGCUGAUGAAGCCAUUCCUGUGAUGAAAUUAGGAUUGAUUUGCACAUCACAAGUACCAUCGAACAGGCCUGAAAUGAGAGAGGUGGUUAAUAUCUUGGAGCUUAUUAGAUGUCCUUCUGAAGGUCAAGACGAGUAACAUGCCUAGAUAUUGACAUGUUGGACUUUACAGAUGAAUCAUCCGGCGAAACGGAAUCCGAUCUUUGUACAAGCAGCGUGUUGUUGAAAAUUGAUUUUUUCUGAUUGUUUGUUCAUUUUUUUUGGCCUUAGCUCUCUGCUUUUGUAGUUUCUCACUGUAACUUGUAAGUUGUAUAAGUAGGGAGUAGCUCUUGCCGGAUUCCUCGUCACCGGAUUCGAAUUUAGCAAACCCUUUUUCAAGUUCUUUAGGUAGUUUUAAUCUUUUGUUUAUGAUUUUGAACUGAAAUGUAACAAGUUCAUUUUGACCAUUGCUUCAUCUAGUUUGGCUUGUUUGAAUCUCUA